AUGGGUAAAUGGUCAGAAGCUGCAAAAUUGUUUAAUCAAAUGAGACAUGAAGGCAUCAACCCUAAUGUUUAUACUUUUACUAUACUCGUUGAUGCAUUUUGCAAAGAAGGAAGUGUUACCGAAGCUGAAGCUGCUGUUGGCUUGAUGAUGAAGUGUGGUAUAAGACCUAAUGUAGUUACUUACAACACUUUAAUGGAUGGUUACUGUUUGAUUAAUAAUGUGAGGGAAUCAAGAAAUCUAUUCAACAAGAUGGCCAAGAGUGGUUUGGCUCCUGAUGUUAUUAGUUAUAGUAUUUUAAUUAAUGGACUCUGUAAAAUCAAGAUGAUGGAUGAGGCCGUGGAUCUCUUUUUGGAGAUGAAGAGCAAAAGUUUGACUCCCGAUAUUGUCACAUAUAGCUCUCUUGUUGAUGGUUUAUGCAAAUCCCGUAAAAUGUCCUAUGUGCAGGAUAUUAUUUAUGAGAUGUAUGAUAGAGGUCAGGCCCCAAAUAUAAUAUUUUAUAAUAUCUUGUUAGAUGGAUUGUGCAAAAGUGGUCAUCUUGAUCAGGCUAUCACAUUAUUUCAGCGAAUUGUUGAUCAUAAAAUUCAGCCUGAUACAUGCACAUAUACUAUACUUAUUAAUGGUUUGUGCAAUGCUGGUCAGUUAAAUGAUGCGCGGCAGAUUUUUCGAUAUCUUUUGGUCAAUGGCUGUCCUUUGGAUGUCCAAGCAUAUACUUCAAUGAUGAAUGGGCUCUGUAAAGAGGGCUUGUUUGAUGAGGUUAAGGCCUUGGCUUCUAAAAUGAAAGAGAAUGGAUGCUCCCCUAAUGCUGUAACUUUUGAUAGAAUUAUUAAACCUCUUUUGAAAAAAGGGGAGAAUGAUAUGGCAAAAGAACUACUAGAUGAGAUGUUCCCAAGAGUUUAA